AUGGGUAGAUACCCUUUCCUAUUUGGAAAAUAUUUGCGUUUACAUGGCAAUAGACUCAGAAAAGCUUUCAAAAAACACCAAAUAAUCCAUCCAAUCCCCGUAAAAGCUUACGGAAGACCUCCAUCAGCGGCAUCUCAGACAGGCUUGUAUCACGAUGAGGACUUUAACUACUACACCAAAGUAUCCUAUUCUUUAAAUAAAACGCGAAUUAAACUCAAGCCCAACGUUUUCAGAAAGUUAUUCGAGUCGCAAGCCCUUAACACAUUGGUUCCAGUUCGUGUGUCUACUAGUGCACUACAUGAAAUGGCCGAUAAGGGUGGUUUUGACAAUUACAUAUUAAAUACCACGCCCGAACAGCUUCGUUCACAAUUGGGGGAGAGGAUUCGCAAUGUUAUAUACUUUUACCGACAACCACAAAAUUACCAAUUUAAGGCACUUGGAUUACCCUGGAAAGUUUUCUACACCAAGCGUAGCAGGAUUGAUCCAAUGCAAGCUUAUUACACCCAUUUGAGAGGGAUUGAAAAGUCACAAAAUAACGACAGUAACAAAAGCUACUCACCAUUCUACCUUCCGCCAUCUGGGGGAACUCCCGAACACCAGGAGUUUGUAGAAUCCGCAGUUACACCGCUUAACCUCUGGUGGAACAAUGCAAAGUUAAUGGAGCCACUGAGAAAGCGACUAAGACAGGCCAGAAUCAUGGAAAGGGCUCAUGUAGAUAUAAAGUUGCUUAAUGCCUAUAGAAGGGGCCAAGGCAGGGGUGGGGGAGGAAGAUCCGGGGCAAUUUUUAAGCGCAGAUCUAAAACGUACAGAUACAACGAUGUAAGACCUUACUGA